GCAAAUUUUUAUGUGGAAAGCAACAAGUGGCAAACAGCUUAUAGCACAGACUUAAACCGAAGUCCAUAGAGAUAAACCCCUCAUUUCCUGACUGGUCUUCUCUCUUCAGUUCCAUUACUCCAACAUUUUCUCAAACAAAAUAAAACCCAAACUCGAAAACCAGUGUGUUACGUUCUUCUUUUAACUUUACCAUACCAAAAAUGACCAUCCUAAAGACCCAGCACCUCCUUGUCCCUCUCCUCAUCCUCCUAACCUCGGCAACUUUCCCCAGCUACAUCAAAGCAUCGACCAACACCAAAGGAGUCUACCAACCAUGUUCCGACACCAAGGUCCAAAUCUCGGAUGAGUUCACUUUUGGCAUAGCAUUUUCUUCCAGGGACUCUUUCUUGUUCAACCAGUCUCACCAACUCUCCCCCUGUGACCGCCGCCUUUCUCUUUCUUCUUUGAACUCUCAACUCGCUGUCUUUAGGCCUAAACUCGAUGAAAUCUCCUUGCUUACUAUCAAUACUUCCAGUUUCUUCCCGGAUUCUUAUGGUGGGUAUAUGGUGGCAUUUGCUGGUCGAAAAUAUGCUGCCAGGUCCAUCCCUGCAUUUGUUGCAAACAGUACAUACACCGUAACUAGUUUUACACUGGUUCUUGAGUUUAAGAAGGGUAGGCUACAGAACUUAUUCUGGAAGAGAGAUGGAUGUGCUUCAUGUGCAGGCAAUUCCAAUUUUGUUUGCCUCAACAAACAAGACUGUGCUAUCAAAACAUCAGACUGCAAAAACCGAGGGGGUUCUGUAGAUUGCAGCCUUGGGAUACAGCUAGCUUUUUCUGGCACAGACAAGCAUCUUGCUGUUCUAAACUCAUGGUAUGAAGUGGAAAAUCUUAGGCAGUAUUCGCUCUACCAUUUGUAUUCGAAUCUUCGGGAUUCGCUUACCAGCCAAUACAACAAUUUCUUUUAACUACGUAUGACACGCAGAUGGUGGUGUAUUAUCUUCAUGUGGUGAUGUUUUAAGUUGUUAGUGUCUUAGCUGCCUUCACCCUCACCAUUUACUUUUCCCCAAUGGAUUAUUUUGCUGAUCUAACCAUUUUAGUGAAAGCAAUUGGAUGACCUCCAUCUUUGUUAGUUUGCACCUGCAUGUUUUUAAGUUAAAUGAAGUGUGAUAUUGAUUCUAUCAUGUACAUAGAUAACAAGGCCAUCCCCUGGGUGAUUAUUUGUA